CCUGCGCGUGCGGAGCCCUGCGGCGUCUUCCGGGCCGAGGCGGGGCCGGCCGGGCGGGGAGGCGGAGGGAGCGGAAAGGUGACUCGGCAGGGCGGGGUCGGCGAGCUCGACGCUCCGAGGACCGUGCUCAGUGUGGGGACGAUGCUGCGGCCGGCGGCACGCGGCGCCUGGAACCUGAACCAGAGGCGGGACAUCUUCUCCUGGCUAGCCCGGUGGUUCCCCAAAACCCCAGCCAAGCCCGUGGUGGCCCUGAAAACACCCAUCAAGGUGGAGCUGGUAGCUGGGAAAACCUACAGGUGGUGUGUGUGUGGCCACAGCAAGAAACAGCCCUUCUGCGAUGGCUCCCACUUCUUCCAACGCACCGGGCUAUCCCCACUCAAGUUCAAGGCCCAGGAGACCCGCACUGUGGCACUCUGUACCUGCAAAGCCACCCAGAAGCCCCCGUACUGCGAUGGCACCCACAGGAGUGAGCGGGUGCAGAAGGCAGAAGUGGGCUCCCCACUGUGAGAGGGUGGCCUUGGCCCCAGGCCUGAUGGGAACCCCUUUGUGGGAAGGAAGCCAAGUGCUGAGUCCAAGAAGGGAUCAUCCAAAGACCCCAGGACCCACAGCUGGCUCGUGAAGGAAUCGUUCCUCAUAAGCUGAGGACCCUAGUCUGGGGCAGCCGGGAGUGGGCCCCUGGUUCAGUGCCUGCUGGUGGUGAAGAUGGCAUUAAAUAAGCAUGCCCACCCAGA